UCUCUCUUUUCAGUCUGAAAUCUGUUCACCAGAAUGCUGUAAACAUCUGGCUGCUGUGGGUUAGAGCCAGAACAGAUUCCUUAAACUCAACCAUAUCAAGACAGAGGGUAGAAAAAGAGUGAAGAAUGCAGCAGAUGAGAAUGUAACUAAGAGUAUCGGGAGAGAAAAGAAACAAACAGACGGGUGGGAGAGAAAACUGGAUUAAAACUAAGUGAGAAAAGAGAGCGAGAGAGAGCGACAGAAAAAUAGAGACAUGGCUCUGUUCCCAUACUGCAGGCUGCCUUCAGGAUCUCGGCACGUGCAAAGAUGUGGAGACGUCUACCAAAUUUUUUCACUUCAACAAGUUUAAUGCACAAGCUGAAUUGUCAUACAGGAACAUGAGCCUAAAGCUGUGCAACAACACGCAUUUAAGUUUAACAUGACAUCAAAGGAUUUUCUUUUGGGAAUCGGAAGCCACUGCUUGUCUUGGGUGUAUGUCUUCUCGCUGGACUGGUUUACUUUCUAAGGGAGAAGAGAAUGUCUGCUGUUCCUAUCCAGACCAUGUCUCUGUUGUCGGGAGUUCAGCAAAGGCGAUCAGGAUUGAAUAUUAAAGAGGUUCCUGUGAUGACACCUUGGGGUGCCCCUCUGGUGUGGGGGGACAGUGAAUCCUCGGUCUGGCGUAGAGACGAGUUUGCCCAUCUUGGUGCCCGCACGGGCCUGGCAAUCCUGGCAAUCGGGAACUAUAAUCACUACUUACAACGCCUCCUGUCUUCUGCCGAACUCUACUUCCUGCUCAAUUUCUAUGUCACUUACUACGUCUUGACUGACAGACCACGAGAACUGGAUCCUCCCCUGAAUCUGGGGCUAAACAGGGAGCUGCGUGUCAUUCCUGUGGCUGAGAUGCCAGGCUGGGAUAGGCUCAGUCUGCGGCGCAUGGCUUUGCUUGCAACCCUCAUUAAGGAGCAGAUAAAUCUGGAGGUAGAUUAUGUCUACUGCAUUGAUGUUGACCAGGAAUUCACAAACCCAGUGGGCACAGAGAUCUUGGGCAAGCUGACGGCCACACUACAUCCUUUGUUCUAUGCAAAACCUAGGUAUUCUUACCCUUACGAGAAGAACCCAGUCUCACUGGCUUAUGUUGAAGAGGGGGAAGGUGACUAUUACUACAGCUCUGAGUUCUAUGGAGGCCUGUGCUCCAAGGUGUUAGCCAUGGCUCAGACAUGCUCCCUACUCAUCCUACAGGACCAGGAGAAGGGGAUUCGAGCCAAAGAAUUAGAAGAGAGUUACCUUAACCGCUAUUUGAUCAACCAUAGGCCCACUUGUGUCCUUUCACCAGAGUACAACUGGUGGGAGUCACCUGGAGUCCCUGAAGUGCCCACUCAGAGGCUACGCUCAAUAGGGAGACAAUGCCUAUCGACAGGCAACUACAAGGGAAAUACAAAUGCUUGCUGAAGAGAGAAAGGAGGGGGACAACCAGAAUACUUGUUUUGAUGACACAGAAAGGAACAUUUGACUGUGUGAUGAUAUCAGUGCAUGCCAAAACGCGAGUUUCAGAGAUGUUCUUACUGGAAUUCACUCACAAAUGAGAGUUGGUAAAAAAAAUUUUUUAAAGAACAUCCUAAUUUCACGCUAUUGCAAUCAGUUUAGCAUGCUAAAGUGCAUCAUUUACAGAUCAUAAUAGAUACUCUACAUAAAACAUUUUAGAACCUGACAGGUCGUAUUGGAAUGCUAUAAAAAUGUUGCAGAUAACAUAGCUAAGGUUGCACUUCAUUUCAGUGUAGAGUUACUUUUGCAAACAAACCGUUAAACUGAUAUAUGUGCUCACCAAUUAUGGAAGUUAAUAAUAAUGGCACCAUAAGGACCUUUUAAUUUAUGACUGACAUUCUUGUGUGGUAGUGGUAGCUCAGGAGUUAAAGUUCUAAGCUAGUGCUCGGAUGAUUUUGAGUUUGAAUCCCAGGACUGCCUUGCGCAACUGUUGAGCCCUUAAACAAAACCUUCAACCCAAUUGCUUAGAUUGUAUCCUCUUUUUAAUUGUAAGUUGUUUUGAUGAACUUGCGAAUGAAUGUAAACGUACACAAAGUAGACAUCAUUGCUAGGGACAUCUGCAGUUUGAAUGUAUGGAUUUUCUUAAUGAGGGAAAUACGAAACAUUUCUUGUGUUUCUUGUACUUCGGUUUCGUUUCUUUCUCCAGAAUCCACUCAGCACCACUUUAAAUACUUCCAACAAGCCUUAAUAACACCUAAAUAAACAUUUACUGUGGUUCUUUUA